AGUGCAGGAGAUCCACAAAAGAGCUUCGUUUCCAAUUAAUGGGCAAUAGACGGACUUAUGGGCCAAACCACGAGGACCCUGUGAGGGGCUAUGCGGAUACCGCUAUGGAGUUUCCCAGUGAGUUAUGGACAUGAUUUAUUUUCUCUGUACACCGGCUUUACUAGUUAGUCUAUUUUCACGCUUUACGCAAAGGGGGACUGCAUGCAUGGGGUGUUUUAUCGCUCACCGUGGUGCGUAAAAAGGCGCGUCCUCGUCCUUGCGGGCUAUCACGUUAUCGCUAUAUCCUUAGGGGAGGUAAAUAAAAGGUUUUGCCAAAGCACAGCAGUGAUGCAAGGUCUGUUAGGUGACAGCUCUCACCAGCAGCACACAUGUUUUUGACGCGGACCCACACGCCGGUCGGACUAGCGCUGGGAGCCGCGCACUUGGUUGUAUGUUGGACUUGUUGGAUUUGACCCGCGCCUUUAACUUGAGCCGUAAAGCUUCUUCGUAUGUUUAAACACACAAUGUUUUUAAAAGAUGCGGCACCUGUUUGCGAAUGUUGCAGAAAAGAGGUAGAGGACUGCUUGUCUUGCUGUUGAUGCUGUUGGAGUGGACCCGCCCAGGUCUACUGUCCCCACUUAGGCCAAUCUGUGACCUGAGGGUCCUGAACCAUUUCAUUAAGGAAGCACGAGACGCAGAAGUCGCUAUGAAGUCAUGUAGAGAAGGAUGUAGUCUGUCCGAGUCUGUCACUGUUCCCCAAACCAGAGUCGACUUUGAUGUCUGGGAGAAGAAAAAUGGAUUGGAGCAAGCCCAGGAGGUGCAGUCUGGUUUAUGGCUCUUACAACAGGCCCUCAACUUGCUACGGACCUCGGUCACCAACACAGCACUGCACAGCCACAUAGAUAACUCCAUCAGAAACCUGCUCAGCAUCAAUGCUGUACUGCGGAGCCUCAACAUCCAGGAAUAUACCCCGCCAGCAAGUACAGUGGCUCUUGAGGGAACAUGGAGGGUGUCCUCUGCAACAGAUUUGCUUCAAGUCCACGUCAACUUCCUGCGCGGCAAAGUGCGCCUCCUUCUUUUGGAUGCACAGGCCUGUCAGCAAGAUGUCAGCUGAUCAGCUGAUCUCUAUACUCCAGGCGAAGCUAAGUUGUGUUCCCGAAGGCAAGAUGAGGGACUUGAUACUGUUGACCUGCACGCUGGCUGCUGGAAGCGUGGAGUGUGGAAAGAGAGGAAGAUACAGCCAUCCUCAUAUAAGCAGAGGAAGCUGAAACGAGAGGACUGUCCCAGCGAGGCUUUGGAUGGACAGGAGAUGAUUGCACCUUGGAAUCAAGAUGUGAAACAUGGACAUGGUGAAGCACAAACUGACCAAAAUGAGGCCUGUGGGAAGCACUGCUCCAAUCGCUGUUCUACUGGCACUCUCUUGCACUUUGUGUGUGGAUGGACUUUUGUGUGUGUGUGAGUUAAGACUGCAAGUUUAAAUCUGUAAGUGGUGUGUAUGUUUCCAGUGAGUUUAACCCCUAUGGUGUGAAACACCCAGAAAAUAUAGAUUGCACCAGGAAAUUGGAGGACUGCGAGGUUGCGACAGGGCAUCCAUUUCCAAUACCACUGCAAAAAGGCAAAUGAAUGAGGCCUCACCCCACGAGCCUUUAACAUUUUUCAACUAUGCCUCACAGGAACAAUAGUCUUUU